AUGACGGCGGCAAACGAUAUGCCGGUGUCGUCGGCAGCGGCUGCGGCGGCAGCAGCAGCAUCAAGCGAUCCAUUUGGUGUUCGCCCAGCUGGCGAACCACCUCGAGGUAUCAUCACCCAUCCGGAUGGUGAAGUGUCGAACAUUCCUCCGACGAUGCUUGCGGAUCAAUUCGGCAUGGCUGGUCUCGUCACCUACCUGCGCACUGUCGACAAUCCGUCGAUAGUGUCAUUAGCGCUCGGCUACGAUCUCACCACGCUCGGACUGAACCUGAACCUUUCCGAUGUGGAUGUUAUUCUGCUGUUUGAAAUUGUAGAAAUAUUGCGUUGA